AAUGAAAAGAAGAAGAAGGAUGCAGACAAAAGGAGCUAAGAAGAGUGCGGAGAAAUUGUAGUGGUCCUCACUCCCUCAGUUCUCUUUUCUCCAUCUCACUCUCUUUCUCUAAUGUUGUAGUAUUGUACUAGUACUACUUUUUAAGCUUUCUCUCAGCAUGCCUUCAGUUCCAUUGAUUACUCUUCCCACACCCCAUAUCUUUCAAGUCUUUCUCAUCCUCCUCUUGUAGUCUUCUCACUCUAGUUUCUUGAAUUGAAUUAUAAGAAAGAAAGAGCCCUCCACAAGGUCGCUAUCAUCAUGGAGCCUCACAUGCACCACCUUAGGCAAUCAUCAUCAGCCGUGCAUUCCCCGUUUGCUCCAACCAAGAAAGUGACGGAAGAGGCAGAGACUGACACAGAGGAGGAGGAGGAGGAGGAAGAGGAAGAGGUGGACGAGGAGGAGGAGGAAGAAGAAGAUGGUAAUGGUGGUUUUGGAGCAGAAAUUGAGGUGGAGCCUGGGCUUAAGAAGAAAAGAAUGAAUUUUGAUGAGGGUCCAAGGAAGAGGGGUUCAAGAACUGCUGCUGCUGCUGCUGAAGGUGCUGGUGGUGGUGGUGGUGGUGGUGGAGGGGUGGCAGUGGCACCACCGCCGGGCUGCCGGGCGGAGAAUUGUAAGGCUGAUCUUACUGAUUCAAAGAGCUACCACAAGAGGCACAAGGUGUGUGAGUAUCAUGCUAAGGCUGAAGUUGUCGUGGUUGAAGGACUGAAGCAGAGGUUCUGUCAGCAGUGCAGCAGAUUCCACGACCUCUCAGAAUUUGAUGAGGCAAAGAGAAGUUGUCGCCGACGCUUAGCAGGACACAAUGAGCGACGCCGCAAGCACUUUACUGAAUCUCGUGGAGAAGGAUCAGGACGACGAGGAUCGAAUCCGGGUACCAAGAAAGAUCAAUGCAGGCAGGUUGAUGAAAGAGGAAGAACCCCAAUUGUUUUACCAGAGAACCACCAAAAACUCCACAUCCAUUAGGCAUUCAUUAGUUGCUUACUCUCUUCUGUCAUCCUAUGGAAUAUUUAUGCCAUUUAUGACAUAGCUUCGAGCCUAGUUAGUUUGCACAACUUUUGAUAACUUUUACUCGCAAUUGUUUCACUUUUCACCUCCAUGCGGUCUGUAAUGGGUAGUAUUGGCCUAACUUUAGCAGUUAGUCCAGACUAUUUCAGUGUUGAAUCUGCCUUCAACUCCCCUGUGAGGCGUAAAUUUUUGUUCUUCGUAUGGCUGAAAGAUGAACCAUGCUUCUCAAUACUCAAAUCGAGCUUGGCUUGGUAAGAGCUCGCUUGAA